AUGGCUUACAACAACCGUCUCGAAAGCAAGAGUACGGAGGAUUCGAUUGCAGGAGACUGUAUGGCCUGUCAACCUGCCUUUAAACUCCACAGGCUUUCGAAAGAUACUCAGUACAUGACUGUCGGUGGCGGCACACGUUUGAUGAUAGAUUUGGCAGCAGAAAUGCAUAACGAAGAUAUCGCUGAUAGAAACAUUGAGCGGUAUGGUAGUUCUUGCACCUCUCGGCAUCAAUCUGUAGGCACCGAGAGCGGCAAGCUCACCGUUCGAGACUCCUUAGAAAGGACUCUUUGGGCGGUGUUGGUGAGGGCCGUGAGACGCUCCAUGGGUUUUCAACUAAGAGCAGUGACUUUCCAGGUCGUGUGGUGGAUCGACGAGAUUGGCCAGUCCGAGUCUCACGAAGCGUACUUCAUUCAGAUUGGCACAAACGUUGCCAAAGUUGACGCACUAAGCUCCAGACUGCAACAAGCUGUAACCCAUGAGGUCGUAAAACCGACGGCGCGCCAUACCAGAGAGGAACGAAUCCAGAGAGAAAUUCACAACCAUGAAGUAUACGAGCGGAUCCAGCCUGUAUACGAUAUAGAAGUUCUACCGCCUCGCCACUUUGUUCCCGACUCGAACGGAGAAGGUCUCAUCGAGGUAUUAGAGAUCAACUCCCGAGCUGCACCGGGAAGAGCUAAAGGUGGUUAA